UAUUCAAAAAUAACCGUAUUGGGCCACUACUACGGGACCAACGAAUCUUUGAUAAAAUUUCGCUCCUAUUAGUCUAUGAUGUCUGGUAACCCGACCUUUGUAUAAAUAUCGGAACUCAUCGAUCAACAUCCCCCAUGUCUCCCGAAUCUAUCCAGAAUGGCGAUUCCGCGUCCAAAUCAAUCGACCAACGCGGGAUGAAGCGAAAAAGGUUGCAAUCCCAAGAGCAUGGAUCUGGCGAGAGUUCUACAGUGAACGGGGAAUUGAGAAAAGAGCCAUCAACAGAACCUUCACCAAGAGACGAUCAGGAUGAUUAUCCUGUCGGAAAUUUUUCUCCCGAUACCAAACUCCGAUUGGGCAAAUCGAUAUCAAUACGAGACCUCGAGAAUCGUCCACAUGGAGGCGUACAAGCAAGCCAAGAUACGAGUACGAAUGGAAGGCUCCGGCAACUCCGAUCUCAAGCUACCAUUCUACGAAAGUUUCGCCAACAACUACCGAUAUGGCCAUCGUCAUCCACGAUUCGCUCUUUCCUACAAUCGGAUAGACCUCAAGUUUUGAUAUUGACAGGUGAAACGGGUUCCGGAAAGAGUACCCAAGUCCCUCAGUUCCUCCUCAGCGAACGAUGGUGUCGAAAUGGAUGUAUCGCGGUGACGGAGCCACGUCGAGUUGCUGCCAUUGGAUUGGCGAAAAGAGUCGGUUCCGAGAUGGGUGUCCGGCUUGGUAAAGAGGCAAAAGGUCUUGGGAAAAGACAGGAAGACUCUGUCGGAUGGUCCGUUCGGCUCGACAAUAAUGUGAGCAGGGCAAGAGGUGUCCGAACUCGGAUCAAGUAUCUGACAGAAGGAAUGUUGCUAAGAGAGUUACUGAGAGAUCCAUAUCUCGAGUCCUAUGCAGCGGUGAUUGUCGAUGAGGUCCAUGAACGCAGCAUUGGAGUUGAUCUUCUGCUUGGAUUUCUUCGAUUACUUCUAUUUGGCGAAGGAGACGGGCCGAAACGAAAGAAUCCUCUAAAGCUCGUGGUCAUGAGCGCAACCACGAAUGUCGAAAGCCUCAAAGAAUUUUUUAGUGAGGGGUGCCCAGACAGGAAGGCCUUGGUGGAACAAAUCUCCACUGAAGAAGCAGAAGGGGAGUGGGAGGGGUUCUCAGACGCUGAAAGUGAAGCUUUUGCGUCGAAGAAACCGGAUGCUCCGAAAAAGGCCCAUGUGGCACAUCCUCAAGACAAUAAACUGGCCAAGGCCCAGGUCGGGCCGGUAUCAUCCUACCAUGUGGAAGGUCGUCAGUAUCCAGUGAAGAUUGUAUACUUGAAUGAACCCACUCAAGAUUUUGUCGAAAGUGCUCUGAGUCAAAUCUUUGAGAUUCAUCGAAAAGAGCCACUUCCUGGCGAUAUUCUUGUGUUUCUGACAGGACAGGAUACGAUCGAGUCACUGGAGCGGUUGAUCAAUCAAUGUGCACAAGAAUUGGACAGAAAGCUACCCAGGGUCCUUACUCUGCCACUGUUUGCCGCUCUACCUCAAGCGGCGCAACAACGAGUUUUUGAGAGGCCCCCUUCAUUCACACGCAAAGUGAUCCUUUCCACGAAUCUUGCGGAAACGUCGAUUACGGUACCCGGGGUACGAUAUGUUGUGGAUAGUGGCAAGGUGAAGGUCAAGCAAUACCGAAGUCGAUUGGGGCUGGAUUCGUUAUUGGUGAAGCCCAUCUCACGAUCCUCCUCCAUUCAACGACAAGGACGAGCUGGAAGAGAAGCUCCCGGUAUCUGCUACCGGUUGUACACGGAACCGGACUUCCUCCAAAUGGAGAACGAAACCAUGCCGGAAAUCCUGCGAAGUGAUCUUAGUGGCUCCGUCCUGAGCAUGAAAGCUUGUGGGAUUUCCGAUGUUGCCGAAUUCCCUCUGCUCAGUCCCCCUCCUAGGGAUGCACUAGAGAAAGCUUUGAUUCAUCUUUUGCAAUUGGGGGCACUGAAUGACUCUGGAGACAUCACAGAGGUUGGCAAGCAAAUGUCGAAAAUGCCUCUGUCUCCCAACCUUGCUCGAAUCAUCAUCGAAGCCAGUCAACCUGAAUUGGAUUGCCUCGAAGAUGUUAUUGAUAUCAUUGCUUGUCUUAGCGUUGAGAACAUCUUCAUCAACGUCGUGUCCGAUGAAAAGCGUGAGCAAGCGCAUGAAGCAAGACAGAAUCUAUAUCGACGAGAAGGAGAUCACCUCACGAUGCUCGCAACGGUUCAAGCGUAUCUGUCUGAGCAUUCAAACCGAAAAGCAUGGGCGGAGAAAUAUUUCGUAUCUCAUCGGGCCAUGCAAAGUGUCAUGGACAUUCGGAAACAACUCCUCGCUCAAUGCGUGCAAAUGGGGUUGUCUUCAAACUCCUCCUUUCAAAAUUCCGAGCCCGAAAAGCGGACGGUGACCAUCCUACGAUGUUUGUUGAAGGGAUUCAUGGGAAACAUCGCCCGAUUGAUGCCUGAUGGAAGUUAUCGAACCAUUCUAGGCAAUCAGACCGUGGCCAUACACCCAUCAAGUGUCUUGUUCAGCAAAAAGGUGGAGGCCAUCAUGUUCAGCGAGUUCGUCUUCACCAACAAGAGUUACGCACGAGGUGUGAGUUCCAUACAAAUGGACUGGAUUGGAGAGUUACUUGCAGGUAGCGGAAUCUAAAGAGUUCAUCUCCUUUUACCAAUUCCUGUGCCUUUAUCCGCUAGACUGACAACUUCUCCAAUGCCUGCUUCGGUUUGUUCAUCCUCCAGGACACGGAUCUCCUCACGACAAUCCCACCAUUUCUCUUCCGCUAGAC